AUGAGUAACGAUGGCGAUGGCCAACUGCUGGAUGGAUUCCCGAUCCACCCUCUCUGGCGCUAUUCUAACUUUCGAAAUGUUACCUUCAAAAGGGAACCUGAGACACAUCCCAACCUGUACGAAAUAGACGAGCCGGAGAAUAAUAUAGACGAAGUGGUUUAUGACCGUAUGAAGCCAGGCCUGAGACUUGCGACGUUGUUUCUUGAGCAGGCUACCCCUGAGCUGGCACGUAUCUAUUACGCAGGGCUCGAGCCUGUAGCUAAUGCUGCAGGACAUCCGGGACAGAGACUGAGGGAGUGGAGGGACACCCCUGCCAAACAAAGGGCCCUCAACAAUGAGCUUACUCGAGUGGCCAAAUGGUAUCGAAUUACAAAGCUUGAGGACCAGGGCGGAGAUCCUCAGGACGUUUGCCCACAUAUAAAGGAAGACACUGCGGUUACAGACCUUGAAUACGCCCCGGGUCACACGCGACCACUGCCGAUCUUCUGGCCACGAACUUCCAUGAGCGAAGUCUGGCAGGCCUUCUUCGAGCGACGGGACUGGGACACGAUCGGCGAGACCGAGAAGGAGAUCAGACUUCUGUUGUUGGCUGUCACCUUGAUCCACGAGCUUGCCCACGUCGUCUGGUUUCACAGGUUGACUGCCAAGUACGUUUUGGCUCGGAAGCGGGGUCCCCAGGAUUUCUCUGAUCUCGACUUUAAUGAAUCCGAGCCUAUGUUCGAGGGCCGUCCGUGGGCGGAAUGCGGCUACGUGAUCGAGGAGACGAUGCUCGGUGGAUUCCUGAGCUACUCCAACAGUGUUCGUAACAUGAACACCCCAGCAGGUUUCUCGAUUCCUCCGACAGACCGAGUCCUCUUCACCCGCAAGUGGUGGACCGCCCCUGGCCAAGGUGUCUGGCGGGUGAAUGCAGUCAAGCCCUACUGGAUAUCAGAAUUUUUUUCCGAAGACACGUGGGAACGGGAUACCAAUGGAACGUUUCUGGGCAAUUUCUAUCUAGUGAGAGAGCGCCUAGAUGAGGCGUAUCAAGGGCUACGGUAUACUCUCGUGAAUGCUCCUAUCUAG